GGCGCGCCUGCGCCUUGCAGCCCUGCACGUGUUCGAGCCGCAAGCUUCCGCUGAGGCUGGAGUUUCGCGAGGAUGCAAACCGAGAUGGAGGCAAAGAGUCCCUUGGCCGAGGGCGGCUUCACCCAGGUCACCCGAAAAGGUGGCCGACGGGCGAAGAAACGGCAGGCUGAGCAGCUGUCCGCGCCGGAGGAGGGCGGGGACGCGUCCCGCAUGGACACCGAGGAGGCCCGGCCCGCCAAGAGGCCCAUCUUCCCGCCCCUCUCCGGGGACGGGUUUCUGGGUGGGAAAGAAGAAACCAGAAAAAUUCCAGUCCCAGCUAACAGAUACACUCCCUUAAAAGAGAAUUGGAUGAAGAUAUUUACUCCUAUUGUGGAGCAUUUGGGACUUCAGAUACGCUUUAACUUGAAAUCGAGGAAUAUAGAAAUCAGGACUUGUAAAGAAACCAAAGAUGUUAGCGCUCUGACAAAAGCAGCUGAUUUUGUAAAAGCCUUUCUUCUUGGGUUUCAGGUAGAGGACGCACUUGCCCUCAUUAGGUUGGAUGACCUCUUCCUAGAGUCUUUUGAAAUUACAGAUGUUAAGCCCUUAAAGGGAGACCACCUGUCGAGGGCAAUAGGAAGAAUCGCUGGCAAAGGAGGAAAAACCAAAUUCACCAUCGAGAACGUGACACGGACGCGGAUAGUUCUGGCUGAUGUGCCAGGUUCCCCAGAGAAGUAUUCUCCAGUCUCUCUGCUGGCAGACUUUUGGAGCCCAUUACGGAAGACACUUGGCAGUCUCGCUGCUCAUUGUGCGGACGUUUGCUUGACAUUGCCCCUGUUUUCGUCAUGGUGCUCCUACUUCCACUGUGCCUGGUGCCCCUGGUCCGGACCCCGGGUCUUUCACCUUCUGCAGAAAGUUCACAUCCUUGGUUCUUUCCAAAACAUCAAGAUGGCAAGAACUGCCAUUUGCAACCUCAUCCUGGGAAAUCCUCCAUCAAAGGUUUAUGGCAGUAUUCGUGCUGUGGCUAGCAGAGCGGCAGACCGAUUCUGAUUUCAAAUCAGAGACUUUUUGUCUUUGAACUCUAGAGAAAAAGCCUUUCCCCUCUACAGGUGGUCACCAGACACCAUGUGAAGAACUUUUCAGUCAUGGAUACCAUUAUUUAUACUAGCACAUUAAGUAUAAUUUAUUUUUUCCAUUUUAAAUCACAUGUAGAUUUGCAUAGUUUAUAAUCCUCUCAUUUGUAGGGAAACUUAUUUUAAAAAAACAGUUCUGUAUUAGCGUCUAAGUUUUUUGUUUAUAAAUUUAUAAAAAGUUAUUUCUUCUCUAUGAGUUGUAAUUAAAAGAAUUAUCUCAGAAAACCUCUCUGACUUGUGACCCUUAAUACUGGAUGGUAGGGCUUCCCUGGUGGCGCAGUGGUUGAGAGUCCGCCUGCCGAUGCAGGGGACACGGGUUCUGUGCCCCGGUCCGGGAAGAUCCCACGUGCCGCGGAGUGGCUGGGCCCGUGAGCCAUGGCCGCUGAGCCUGUGCGUCCGGAGCCUGUGCUCCGCAACGGGAGAGGCCACAGCAGUGAGAGGCCCGCGAACGGCAAAAAAACAAAAACAAAAACAAAUACUGAUGGUGUGUGAAUAUUUUAGACCCAGGUCAUAGCAGCAGUUUGGAUAUACUCUGUGAACCAAGGAAGGCUAAUAUUUGUACCUAUUUUUGCAGUUUGUAAAAUUAAAGGCUACAUCACAAGGUUGAUGUGAGGAAAGAGUUUUAUUUUUUUAAUAAUUGUUUCAUGAAAGCCGUCAGACCUUACCAGUGUUUGGGUAUACUUCUUCUAAGCAGUAAAGGUGAAAUAUGAUAAAAGAAUAUUUUUACCCCUAAGUAAACUACUAUAUUCUGCAAAUGUAAUAGAUUGUUUUAACAGGUGUCUGCCUAAAUGUUCUGAUUUAUAUUAUGCAUUUUUUAAAUGAAAGAAACCUACUUCAUUA